AUGGCCCUCAAGAGCCCCAUGAUGCCUUCCCCGUCGAGCGGGCUGUCGUCCAGCUUCUCGCCGUACACAGACUCGCCGUCAUCGCCUGCGCCGCACGGUGUGUUCAACGGCAUCGAGAAGAGGUCUUCGGGUCCGUCUGACUCCCUCGCUCCGCCCAGUCCCUACCCAAAUCAAAUCGAACCCUCGCCCGUCGACUCCAACGGUACCGAAACGACUGAAAUUGAAGAGGAGGAACAAGAGGUGCGGUCACCGAACCCUGCGACGAACGGGGAGUUGCAAUCGCCGGACGUAGAGAUCAGAAGUCCUCAGAGCGCAUCAAGUGAUCGACCGAGGAUAGACACACAACUGCCAGACAGUGUGCGAUCUCCAAAGGACAGUGAUGAUCCGCAGUCUGUCAUACACGUCCCGUCUGGAUUCAAGAACUUCGAAGAGUCCAACUCGAGGACGGAAUCGCCAACAGAUCGAUCUGAUAAUACGGUCGUGUCGCCGACAACACCAGAAGCGAUACCAAGUCCUCAUGACGGCGCAAAGGUAGAGCGACUGGCAACGGGCAUUGAUCAGAAGCAAUCGCCCAUGUCACCUGUGAAUACCGACAUACCUCGCUUCAUGGACCGCACAACCCCACGCGCGCAAACACGGCAGGAGCUGGACGAAGAUUGGAAGCACAGAAGCAGGCGCGCAUCGAGUCUAGAAGAUAUCCCAGAGACCCUUGACAAAGAAGAAUCGGACAGCCCAGCGAAGAAAGAGGAAGACGGCGACCGGCCCACUACAGCUGAGCGGGUUAAUGACAAUGGCGUAACAGAGAGCAUUGAGUCGCGGCUCAGCAGCGCCGAACAAGAAGUCGCUGCCCUACGCACAGCAUUGAGCGAGUGCUGGACUCUCUGCAACACCUUAGCGAACCUUUCGUCCAGCCAUCGACAACGCACCUUCAAAUUUGGCGGAGCUGGCAAGCAAGAGGUGCAAGAACAGGCCUGGCGCAGCUGUUGGCGUCUUUGCCAGAACCUGUACGAUUCACGAGACGAAGACCACGCUUCUCAAGUCGUCCCCACGCUUGAGAUGUGUCGUGAUUUCUGUCAGUCGCUUUUUGAAGCGAGACAGAAGCCAGACGAAGCUUCGGAUUCAGUGUUGAGGGUAUCGUUCGAGCUCAACAACCAUCUCUACAACACACAUGACCGCAGUCUGCCCGAAGCGUUCAAUGAACGAACAUUGGACUUCUACAUUACCUUGUGUCAUCGCCUGAUGAAGCAGAGGACAUCGCUCCCGCAGGAGACCGACGCGCUGUUGAGAGCGUGCUGGUCGCUUGCCGAAAUGUUGUUCAAUCUGCGCCAGAGUAACAAAGAGGGCAAGAGCCCUGACGAAGAACUGCUAGGGUCUGCUGUGCAAGCAUGCUGGGAGCUUUGCGACCUCUUCCGCGAGGGCUGGACACAGAUUCGACCUGAUCGCGGCACGCCACGCCCCAGCCAAACUACCUUUCCAGCGCAUUCGAUGCGAUCGAACUCAACGCGGUCAGGAACGCAGUCAAGCACAACCCAAAGCAACAUGCAGCUCCAUAAUGGCACUCAACCGCGCGGCAUACCACCCGAGACACCAACAACGAUCUUCGACGACUCAACAACAGCAGCAUCCUCUCCAGAUUCAGCGGUCGUCCCAGGCAUCCUCGUACUCGGCCCGGCAUCUACCGGCAGCAACUCCAUCCGUGGCACCCAUCACGAUCGCUGGUCCAGCAAUGCCUCCGUCAUGAGCGGUUACUCCGAAUCCGCCUCUUCGAACCGCACCUCCUCCACCGCUACCGCCACGACUGAAGACGCUCACCUCACCCGCCUCCGCUGCCUGUUGCUGAAAGCAGGCAUGAACACCGGCUAUUCGAAAACAAGCGGCCAGCAUCUCCCUGCCUAUGUCAAUACACUCCCUGACUACGCAUUCGGUACGCUGCCGUGGCAGAAGUCCGUCUUUACUUCGUAUAAGGUGCUGGUGCUUGGUGAUAAGACGCUACUAACAGCUCACACGCUGCCUUCGAGGCGGUUGGGGGCGGUGGAGGUGGCGAAGAGUGUGAAGUGGUUGGGGAAUGGGGAGAAGUGGGCUUGGAUGCGGGACCUUUAUCGGUUGGUGUUUGGUUUUGGAAUCGAUGAGGGGGAGAGGAGAGGAGGAUCGUUCCAGACAUGA